GGGUGGGCGGAGCCAGGCCGCGGCAGUGUGGCCGGUGGCGUAGAGGUAGCGCUGAAGGCUGAGUCUGGGUCUGCCGCCACCUCCGCUGCCACUCGCUCACCAGAGGCGCUGACACUGAGCCCGGGCGCAAAGUUUCACGCAACAAAGUGUCUCGGCGCAACAAAAGGGCGCAUCGCGGCUGCAAAGCAGCGCUCGCCGCGCAGCACCAACAAUGCCGACCAUGAUAGAGAAAGGGCCCGAGGUCUCGGGCAAGAGAAGAGGAAGGAAUGGGGCUAAAAGUUUUGCGGGGGGAGCCGCGACCAAUGGCAAUAACUCCUGGGAAGAGGCGAGCAGCGGCUCUGAUGACGAGCACGGUGGAGGAAUGCGAGUGGGUUCCCAAUAUCAGGCAGUUGUCCCUGAUUACGAUCCCGAAGUUGCAAAGCAAUGUCAGGAAAGGGACAACCUUGGAAUGCUGGUCUGGUCACCUAAUCAGAAUGUCUCCGAGUCUAAAUUGGAUGAGUACAUUGCAAUAGCAAAAGAGAAGCAUGGCUACAACAUGGAGCAGGCUUUAGGUAUGCUCUUUUGGCACAAACAUAACAUUGAGAAGUCCUUAGCUGACCUUCCAAACUUCACGCCAUUCCCAGAUGAGUGGACUGUGGAGGACCGGGUACUCUUUGAGCAGGCAUUCAGUUUCCAUGGGAAGACUUUCCACAGAAUUCAGCAAAUGCUACCUGACAAAUCCAUAGCAAGCCUGGUAAAGUUUUAUUACUCAUGGAAGAAGACACGAACCAAGACCAGUGUAAUGGAUCGUCAUGCUCGCAAGCAAAUGAAAAGGGAUAAGGAAGGAAGUGGUGAUGAGAUUGAAGAAUCUAAUGUAAAUACAAGCAGUAUUGUUGACAGUGAAAUUGAUCCAAGCAAAGAGGCAAAGAAAGAGCAGGGUUCUCAAACUGUGAAAAGUGUCCCACCAAAGAAAGAGACACGAACAGUCCAAGGGAAGCAAAGAAUAAGUCAGAAACCUCCAAAGGGGAUGUUUCUUCUUCAAGAGGAUCUUGAUGCUUUGUCUACAGGUUCUGGUGCUGCUAACACAGUCCUUAGACAGCUUGAUAUGGAACUGGUCUCACUUAAACGUCAAAUCCAAAAUGUGAAACAGGUAAAUGGUGCUCUGAAACAAAAGUUGCAUGGUGGGAUAGAGGAAUUUAAGCCACUGGAGACAAAUCAGAAAAUUAAUGCUCGUUGGACCACUGAAGAGCAACUGCUAGCUGUGCAGGCAAUAAGAAAAUAUGGCCGAGAUUUUCAAGCUAUUUCAGAUGUAAUUGGCAAUAAGACAGUCGUACAAGUGAAAAACUUCUUUGUGAAUUACCGUCGUCGUUUCAACCUUGAGGAGGUUCUACAGGAAUGGGAAGCAGAACACGGUGGUGGAGAAGCAAAUGGAAACAUUGGUGACAAAUCCCAAAAUUCUCCAGAUGUUGCUACUAAACUUUCUGAGGAGGAAGAGGAGGUUCCUUCUGUGCUUGAUGUAAGAUACCAUUCUGCAUCGUGAGAAUGACAUUCAGUAGAUGACCUGAACAUGCUAUCUUGACUGCUGUUUAGUCCAGGUCAUCCAACAAUGCCAAACUUCAACCAACCACCUCCACAAACUCACCAGGACCAGCUUCCAGCUUAACACCAAAAAAGCUGCAAUAUUCACAAAUGGACACUUCUGCCUUACCCUGCUUUUGUCACCAGGAAAACAACUUUUCAUCGGAGUCAUGGAAAAACCUUUGAUUCAACAUGCUUCUAAACAGAAUAGGGAAUUCACAAAAACGCUUGUGGAAUGUCUAUUGUUUUUUUCACUUAACCAGUUCAUGAUUUAAUGUCCACAAGACAUUAAUAAUUUGUAUAUUUUUGGAAUGGUGACUGCCAUCAGAUACAUCUUUGAUACUUCCCUCAAAUAUUUUAUGAUUUAAUGUGAAUGCCAUGAUUGUAUAGUGUAUUAACUGGCGUACAGGAAAUGGAUGUCUGAACUGUCUCUAAAUUAUUGGGUACUUUAACUGUAGUUUGGACUGUCUCAUAGACUUUAAACAUACCUCCCAGUCUGAGGAAACUUGAAGGGCCUUUUACUAGCAUUUUCAUGAAAAAAAAAUGAUCUGUUUUUAUUUAAGUUUCAUCUUGUUUGCUGUACAGUAUUUUAGAGUAGUUCUUCCACAUCAAGUAUGGAGAGAAUUUUUACUUGAAUAUUGCAGUUACUGGACUGAAACUGAUCAUAUUCAGGUAUAGAAUAUUAGCACAGCUAAGCUGUAUGGUGUUCAUUGCAGAAUUAGGUGUGCUAACCAUAUGGAGUUCCUGCUUAUUCAAUAUGAUAAGGGUUAAGCACAAUGCGCUACAGAUCCAUUGGGUUCAUUCAAGUCAUUUGAGUCUAUGCAUGUUUCUGUGUAAGAAUGGGUGUUUACAAUUUCUACAUUAAUAUUUGCCUGAAAUGCAAACCAUUAUUAGUUCUUUCUGGGAGUAAUAUUCCAGCAUUUAGAAUUUUCUAAAUUAAGUUUGUCAAAAUUGCUUAUGGGUUGCUGCUGAUAUGUAGUGAUGUUUGCCAGAAUUUCAAAAAAAAAUAUAAGGAUUUAGUUUGCAAUAAAUUGAGCAUGUUUUUAUAUAGCCUCUUGAUGUGCUCAAUAGGAUGUUCUUUUUUAAAGAAAAGUCAAUGUGUUUAUAUUGCAGAUUUAUAUUUUAUUGCCUGUUACUGCUAAUUUUAACUGAGAAAUAAUUGUUAGUGAGAAAUAAUUCUAAUUAUUUCCAAGGUUUUAAGCAUUAUGUAUCAUGGUUCCACAUUGAGAAAUGGUGAUAUUACAGUACUGCUUUGAAUAUUGUGCAGGGUUCUUGCUAACUGUAUAUUUUUAAGAAACUAUAAUUAUGACAUUGCAUCCAGGAAGAGUGGGAGGGAUAAACAGUCAUCGAUCAAAGAAGGAACAAAUUGAAAAAUUUGUAAAUGCCACUUGUAUAAAAUUGUACUUCUAACUUCUCAAUAUGCACACAAGAGUUUUGGUAAAGCAAAAUAACUUUUGAAGGCAGUUUUCAGAAAGGAGAAAAAACUUCUUAAAUCCCUUUUAUUUUUCUAAGGUUUAACCUGCCAGAAUCUUGUAUUUUUAAUGAGUUUUUGUGCUUGUGAAGGUUGGAACAGUAAUGGAACUGUCAUUGCAAAUAUUCAAUAUCUAGUAUUAAACAUUUAUAGCUUGAAAGAGGAAAAGAAUUGAAGUAUUUGGUCUCAAAUAGAAAACAUUAGAAAAGUUAAGUUGUAUUAUGUUUGAAAUGCCACCUUGAAAUAAAAAAAAUUAUUGGAUAAAAUACUUGGAUACUAAGACAGUUGAUUUAUUUACAAGCUACACUAUGCAAAACAAUUAUCCAUUGCAUUUCAUUAAGGUGAAUAAACUUUUAAGAAUAUAACAAACGUGUGCAUUAGCAAUUUUUCAAGUAUUUUGAGAGAAGAAAAUCGUAAUGAGGGCAGACUAUAGGAACAGGAUACCUUGUGUGCUGUGAGAAGUUUGAGGAACAAAUGGUCAUCUUACAAGGCACAGCAUUUUUUUUAGAAGUUCUGUCAAUUGUUUCCUCUAAAUUUAAAACUCAAGUGGCUGUUUAAACAAAUUUAUAAGUUUUUAUUUCUAGAUUCUUUCUGGCUUGAUAGCCCACUAAAGUAACUUGAAAAGAAUGAUUACAGUUAAAUAAACCACUAUUUGAAACAGUUUCUCAACAUGACCAGUUUCAUUAUCCAUUCAAAAGUGUGUGCAAAACUAUUCUUUGUAAAUUAUCUAAAAAGCCGAUUUAAUCUGUUUAUUGCAAACAAAUUUGAUGAAACGGGGAUGAAGUCAAGAUGCUUAAAUUGAGGACUAUUGAACUGAAUUUAAUUUCAAUAAAUUUUAAAUAACUUAAGUUGGUGACUGAAAAGAAAAAAGUGCAGUAACUGUGUAAUGCCAUAAUCCUGUAAAUCCAGUGGUUUCCAUUUCAGACAUGUGUAUUGGAAAAUCAUUAUCAACAAGUUGUUUAUAUUUGCAACAUUAACAUAGUGGAACAAAAUUAAGUGCCAGGUUUUUAAGGAAUUAAAAAAAGAGUUUUAUGGAGGGGAUUCAAGAGCUUUGGGGUUUAGCAGAAGAAUAAUGGCGUGAUUGUAUUGGGGAAUGAACAAGCAGCCAGAAAUGGGAGUCACAAGAGACUGCAGAUGCUGGAAUUUGGACUCCAAAAAGCUGAAGGAAUUCAGCGGGUCAGGCAGCAUCUAUGGAGGGAAAUGGACAGUCAACAUUUUGGGUUGAGACCUUUCAUCUGAUGUUAGUACAUCUUGGGCUUCUAAGGCUGGAGGAGAUUACAAUGAAAGAGAGGUGAAUGGGUAAGGAAGUAUUUGAGAAUAGGAAUUUGAGCCAACUUUGUUUUUGAAUUAUGUUGUUCUGGGAAAGCUUUUAGGGUAGAAACAAGUGGGGCAAGAAUGUAUGCUUUAGGAAAACCAGAGAUAACAGUCAAAACUGAAGAGGAGAGGCAAGUGCAUGUGAUUCUCUGCUAACAACUAAGCAGAUAAAAAUGGGACCAGGCAAGUGCAAUUUACCAACAGUGGUGAAUAGCUGCUGAAGGAGGACAGUGUAGUCAAAUAUUUUGCAGGUUCAAGUGAAAUGCAGCAAGGAAAGAUAAACCAGUAUCACAAAGUUGUCAGUGGAGACAGCCUGACAAAAAGACAAGUAUCAGCUAAUCAGAGUUGGUGGGAAUUUGUGACAGGUCAGUUUUGCCCUAGUAAAGUAGUUGAUUUUUUUUAUUUUGAGGAAGUCACUAAUGUGAUGAUUGGGAGUUCACAAAAUGUUGUCAAUUUAGAUUUCCAACAGGCAUUUAAUAAAGACAUGCACAAGAUUAUUAAUAUGAGAAUUCAUAGAAUUGGAGUUAAUCUUGUGAAAUAACUUUAACAGUUGGCUUGGAAGUGGUAACUGUGAGUGGGACUAAACAAAAUGCUGUCAUUGCUAGGAAGUAAUAAACAGUGUUCCCCAGGAGCCCCUAUUAAGCAUCAACGUAUAACCAUAUGAAGGAACAAAGAAUUGCAUUUCUAAGUUUACAGAUGACACUGUCAAGACAUAGUUUGUCACAUAAAGGGGGAAUAGAAAUGUGGAACUUGCAUUCCACCCACAUCCCUCUCCUAAGAGUCAUGAAUUUCUCAAGGCUGACAGUAAGUUUACUGGGUAAAGUACAGAGUUCUGGAGCCAAGUGGAGUUUCAUUUAGUUAAUUGAAUACUAGAACAUGUUUAAGGUACUGAAUGGAAGAUUGAGAAAAGUGGGCAUCCAAAAUAGGGAAAAAAUAACUAAGGUUUUAUAGCUUCUGCUGUAGCUGUAAAUAAAACUAGCAUCUACAUGGAGUAAUUGCCAGGUCUUUUACUUUAUAA